AUGUCAACCUUAUCCAUAUCUCCUCUUGGCGCUCUAAAUCCAAACGAAAUAAACCGAUCAUAUCAAGUAAUUACCGCGCCAUUGCCAAUCCAGAACUCAAAACCUUUGAUCUGGUCCACAGGACUUGAGAGUCCCGACAAUUAUGGCAAUGGCGUGAAAAAAGCCCACGUACUCAUUGUGGGUGCCGGAAUUUCCGGUUUACGGGCAGCGUCGGUUCUACAGCGACAUGGAGUUGGUGUUACAAUCUUGGAAGGCCGGCCGGAUCGCAUCGGUGGUCGAAUCCACACCAGUCGAAAAUCUCCAAACGGAAAGCCUCGAGACAUUGGUGCUGCAUGGAUGCAUGAAACUUCGCAGAAUAAAUUGGUCCAGCUGAUCAGAAAACUUGAUAUCGAGUACUAUUAUGAUGACGGUACGCCUUUAUACUUUACCAAGGAAGGAAGGGCAGGAUCACAAUUCAAGGCGAAGAAAGUAGCUGAUGAAUUCGCGGACUAUUGUGAGCACUACUUUGAAACUCAUCCGCAUGCUCCUGAUCGCUCUGUGAAAGAGUUCAUUCAUGAAUUCGUAGAGAAUCACCCUUUGAUCACUAACACUGAACGCAAAUGGGCUCCACAAGCCAUUCGUGAGGUUGAACUUUGGAUCGGUACAUCAAUCGAAGAUGCUUCUUCUAAAUACUUGAGCUACUUCGUAACUGAAAGAAAUUUAUACAUGAAGGGUGGAUAUGAUAAGAUUGUCAAUUGGCUCGCGAAACCAAUUCUCAAGGAUCCUGAGACCAUCAAAAUGGGCGAAGUUGUCGAGAAUAUUCAAUGGGGUGACCAGGACAACUCAGUAGUAGUUGAAACUUUGAAAGGCGACAAAAAAUCUAUUUUCAAGGCCGACGCCAUUGUUGUUACUGCGCCUCUUGGUUGUUUGAGAAACAAGAUGAUUAACUUCGAGCCUGCUCUUCCUGAAGACAUUCAGGAGGGUAUUGAUAACUUUUCUUAUGGAGCUCUUGGAAAGGUUUUCGUGGAGUUUGACGAGGUGUUCUGGCCAAAGGACAAUGAUCAAUUUAUCUACUACCCUUCCCCUCUUCCGGAGGGUGCUCCGGUUGAUGAAUCUUCGAUCUUGUCCUAUGCUACUGUAACAUCUAAUUGCUGGAUCAUGUCCGGCACCAAAGAGCUCUGCGUUCAAAUCGCCGAACCUCUUACCCAACGAAUCGAAUCGAUGACGUCAACCAAGGAAAUUUACGCUUUCUUCGAGCCUCUCUUCAAGCUCAUGCGUACGGAACCAUAUAAGGAUCUUCCAGAUUUACUCAACCUCGAGACCACCCACUGGACCCAGGACCCUCUCGCAGGAUUCGGAUCCUAUUCCGUUGAGAAGACGGGUGACGAAUCCGAUCUCCUUAUCGAAGCCCUCGAAAACCACAGUCGAAGUCGCCUUCAAUUCGCCGGUGAACACUGCACCAUUGUCGGAAACGGCUGUGUGCACGGAGCAUUCGAGACCGGAGAGGUUGCCGCAAGAAACCUCCUGGAGACAUUAGGCGUGGUAUAUGAUGGAAAUGAUACCACUGCUCGAAAUGUGUCUCUUUGA